GAAGGACCCCGCAGGCAAAGUGCCAGUUGAGGGCUAAAGAGGAGCAAGGUGUCAAAUCUGGAGCAGGUCUUGUAGUGUAGACCAAGGAGGGUCUUACUUUGAGCUGACAUGGCAGUAGCUGAAGUCGUGGUGGUGGGAUCCUGUAUGACUGACCUGGUGAGUCUUACUCCACGUCUGCCAAAAGCUGGAGAGACCAUACACGGACAUAAGUUUUUCACUGGUUUUGGGGGGAAAGGUGCCAACCAGUGUGUGCAGGCUGCUCGACUUGGAGCUAAAACCUCAAUGAUCUGUAAGGUUGGGAAAGAUUCCUUUGGUAAUGAUUAUAUUGAAAACUUCAAGAAAAAUGGGAUCCCUACAGAAUUUGUAAACCAAGCGGAAGAUGCUGCUACUGGAGCUGCAUCAAUUGUAGUCAAUAGUGAAGGGCAAAACUUCAUUGUCAUUGUUGCAGGAGCAAAUUUGCUUUUAAAUUCUAAUGACUUGAAGAGGGCUGCUCAUGUCAUCUCGAAAGCCAAAGUUAUGGUUUGCCAGCUUGAAAUCAGUCCAGCGAUUUCUCUGGAAGCUAUGAAAAUGGCUCAAGCCAGUGGAGUGAAGACUUUGUUUAAUCCAGCUCCAGCACUUGCUGACCUAAAUCAAGAGUUUUAUACCCAUUCUGACAUCUUCUGUUGCAAUGAAAGUGAGGCGGAAAUUCUAACGGGCAUUGCAGUUGGUAAUGCUGAAGAUGCUGGACGUGUGGGAUGUAUCUUGUUAGAGCGAGGCUGCAAGACCGUUAUUGUAACCUUGGGCCCAGAGGGUUGUGUCAUGGUCUCCACAAAAGCACCCACUCCAAAACAUGUUCCUGCUCAGAAGGUCACCCCUGUGGACACCACGAUUCACCUGUUGAGUUUUUGGAAUGAAGUUUCUCCUGGGAAAUGAAGAAUGUAUUAUGGAUAUCAGAACUAAAGCUAUGAGUGCCACCAAUUCCCAAGACUUUGGUGGCAGGGGUCCUCAUCAGAAUAAUUUCUGAAAAAUUCCAUAGUCUCGUCUACAUGGCUGCUUUAUCAACAUUCUUAUUCACCACAGUCCAGAAUUACUUAGCAGGAGUGCUGCUCAUUGAAAUGUUCAGAGUUUGGGAAAGUUGCAUUUUUCGGCAGCUCCAAGCCCAGAGCCGUCCAGCUCGACCAGCAGUAAUGAUCAUUGAGAAUUCUGAUGGCUGUAGUAAAAGAAGAAAGAAGAAACGUGGCCAAACUCUAGAAAUUUCAGCUAUCUUGCUUUCUCCUAACUAAGAAUAAAAAAUGAAAUGAAAACCAUUUGCCCUCCCUUUAAAGUUAUUCUGAUUACCUCAGUAAUAACGAGAGAUUUGUACUUACUUAGAGAUGUGCUUAGAGACACUUCUGUUUUUGCUUGUUCUAGACCUUAGUGUUGACUCCCAUUUUCCAGAGCUAAGCUCUGACUCAGUCUGAACUCAGCCAAAAAAAUGCUGAAGUUUAAUUGUGUAGGUGAAAGUGCUGAGCCAUACAAACUUUUAUGAGUUUGCUGUUUUAAGCUUACUUUCCUUUUUGUUGAGUGACCAUUCUUUCAUGCUCUUUAGUCCACAUGGAUUGCCUCUUAAUUGUUAGUCUGAGGGGUUUCAUAGAAAGGCUCUGGAUUAGGUAACAACAAACUGCUUUGGUGAAACAAAGUGCCUAAAAGUCCUCUUAUCGAACUUGUGCCUUUAUUGGCACAGUAAAAUGUGUACCAAAUAAACAUGAAAGUAUGCACACAUGAAAAUAUCUCUUCAGAUCCCAAAUCAAACCAAUUGUAGUUUUCAUGCAUCAAGAGCAAGUCUUUGGUAAAACUUAUGGGUCUUAAUUGCAUACUCAAGACCAACUCACCUAAAAAUACACAAUGGCAAUAAUUUGCGAAAGCCACCAUGAUGCAGUGGUUUAAGCAUUCAAUUCUGGGAUCAGGACUAAUCCCUGCUUGGUCUUCAUAACCCACCAGGUGACUUUAGGAAACUCACAGUCUCAGCCUCAUGAGAAAGCAAAAGCAGAGUCCCUCUGCACAAAUCUUACCAAGGAAAUCCUAUAACCUUUGGGCUGCCAUAAGAUGGAAAUGACUUGAAAGCACAAAACAAUUUUAUAACAAUAUCCUUCUUCCUCUUUUGUGAAGAAAAACCCUCUUUUUUGAGCAAUACAGCCAAAACGGAAAAGAAAAUAAGAAAGUCUGAGGAUUGGGACAACUGAUAGCAUAGCCAUGAAUUAGUAAAUUUUGGCACACUAAACAUGUGGGCUCUAUCCCCACUAUUAUUGAGAGCUGAUUCCAUUGAACUUGGUGAGAGAGAAAUAUUCUUAGGAUAGUAUGUUACCACACAGGAAACAAAGGGCUGCCUGGGUGUGAAGAAAGCCUUAGAAAGCUUGAUGACAGCAAGCAUCUAGCAUUCCUGAUAAGAUUUUCUCAGGAAAGAACAAACAACUCCAUCCACCGUGUCUGGCUGUCUUCACAUGUUGUAGUUUGGGAUGUUAAGGUGAGGGUUUUUAUGAUCCCUUUGAUCAAGUAGACACACCACUCAGUUUCAUAUUUCAUAAGAACAGACCUUAUCUUACAAAAAAAAAGAA